GCACACGAGGCCCCCGGCGAGAGGGGCUUGCAGCUGGUUGGGAAUUAUCGUGCGCGAGACCAUGGCUUCGCUCAAUUGUAGCACGGUGGUUUGCGUAAUCUGCUUGGAGAAGCCCAAAUACCGCUGCCCUGCCUGCCGCGUGCCCUACUGCUCAGUGACCUGCUUCCGGAGCCACAAAGAGCAGUGCAACCCUGAAACUCGUCCUGUCGAGAGAAAAAUAAGAUCAGCUGUUCCUGCAAAAACUGUUAAGCCUGUGGAAAACAAAGAUGAUGAUUCCUCUGUGGCUGAUUUUCUCAAUAGUGAUGAGGAAGAGGACAGAGUUUCUUUGCAGAAUUUAAAGAAUUUAGAGGAAUCUGCGGCAUUACGAAGCUUAUUGCUCAAUCCACAUCUCAGACAGUUGAUGGUCAGCCUUGAUCAGGGGGACGACAAAGCCAAGCUCAUGAGAGCCUACAUGCAAGAGCCCUUGUUUGUGGAGUUUGCAGACUGCUGUUUAGGAAUUGUCGAACCAUCCCAGAAUGAGGAUUCUUAAGAUGGACUAUUGUGCUGCUUGCUCAAGCUUGAGGAGCUUGACGCCCAGAGCUUGCCCACUCCUUCUCCCAGGAGACCAGCUGGUGUGGGGGGCCCUAAGCAAGAGAGGUGAUUUCCGCAAUGCAGACUGGCUGACGUAAUGCAGAUCUCCACCUCCAUCAAGGUAGGCUCACGUUUCAGGCCCACAUCACCUUGAUUCAUCCUCAAGGUGACAAAUCCUUUAUGGAGAGAAAACUUGACAUUCAAAUGGUUGUUUUUAAAUGUUUUAUUCUUGGUACAGUUAUGACAGACAUCAUAAAUGAUACCAAGUUUCACACCCAUGUAAGUUAAAAACUUGAUCAGUGUUACUAAAUAAAAUCAAGAUGUGAUG